GCAAAUGUCAAUAUUAAAUAAAAUGUUUUACAUGUUCAAUAAAUUAAUUUUAGUUAGACAUAAAUAAUUUGCUUAAAUUUGCCUUAAAUAAUCUAAAUUGCUUAUAAUGGAUACGAAUCAGCCUACUUACGUGAUGUUCAGUCCUAUCGAGGAUUUUCUUUACCUUCUUAAUAAUGCCGUAGGAGGCGAAUCUACUGUAGAAGAUUUGCUGUUGCUCGUAGGAACUUUAGUGGCUUUUGUAGCCUUCAUAUUGUGGUGCUGUUUUCCUCUUCCUCCGAAAGAAGCUCGGUCUCCGCUAGCAAAUGGAACUCACAAAAACGAAAACAGGGGAAAAUACAAUCAAUUGGUAAUGCAGUACGAUCUAAGCAUAACAUAAAAAUAUCGAAGAUGUUACAUUGAAAAAUCUAUUUUAUUCACUUGUAGCUAGUUUGUACAAUUAUUAGUAAUCUAAUCGAAUUUUAAAUGUUAUAGAGCAGAGUAAUUACCAAUUUCAUAACUUUUCCUAAUCUUCAUCAAAUAUUUGUUCUCAGUAUAUCUAAAGAUGUAUAUUUUUAGUACUUUACCUAUUAAUAUACAUUUAGCUUAUUUAAAAAAUUCUUAAUGUUGCUAUGUGAAAUGCCUAUCACUAAAUGUAUACAUUUACAAAUUGCUAGUAGUAGAGUUCCUGAUUAAACUAUACAGGGUGUAACAAAGAAGGCUGUACAUAACAAUAUUGUUGCUGUUAAGUGUGUAUUGGUAUUCACCCUUUUAAAUUUGAAUCUCUAAUAACUAUCUAAACCUUUUUACAACGGGACUGUUUAAUCGAAUAAGCCCAAAUAUUGUGAUUUAUAAAUAUUUUUUUUGUUAAAUAUGUACUUUUUAAAUGUAACUCUUUAUAUGAAUUAAUGGUAGAAUAAUUUAGGAAUAAGAUCUCUACAAUUCGACGACUUCUAAUGCCUAUAACAUUUUUAAAUUAUAGUUAAUGUACAGC